GGUCCCGCAGCUGGGCAGGCAGGUGGCCUGAGGGCACAGAGCCAUGAAGCUGUACAGCCUCAGUGUCCUCUACAAAGGCGAGGCCAAGGUAGUACUGCUCAAAGACGGGUACGACGAUGUGGCUUCCUUCAGCUUUUCUCAGAGAUCCAGCGUUCAGGAAUUCAUGACCUUCACAAGUCAACUGAUUUUGGAGCGCUCAUCCAAAGGCACUAGAGCUUCUGUCGCAGAACAAGACUAUCUGUGGCACGUCUAUGUUCAGAAUGACAGUCUUGCAGGUGUCGUCAUUACUGACAAUGAGUGCCCAUCCCGGGUGGCCUUUACCUUGCUGGAGAAAGUACUAGAUGAAUUCUCCAAGCAAGUCAACAGGAAAGACUGGCCAGUAGGAUCCCCUGCUACAAUCCAUUCUGCAUCCCUGGAUGGUCACCUCAGUAGAUACCAGAACCCACGAGACGCUGACCCCAUGACUAAAGUGCAGGCCGAACCAGACGAGACCCAGAUCAUUCUGCACAAUACCAUGGAUUCUUUGUUAGAGCGAGGUGAGAAGCUAGGUGGCUUGGUGUCCAAAUCCGAGGUGCUAGGAACAGGUGCCUUCUAUAAAACUGCCCGGAGGCCAGUGUGGAAUCUACGACAAGUUUAUUGCUCACUGAGCACAGGGAGUGGGGCCUAUGAAGUGGGUCCAGUGAACCCAACAGGUGCUAGAAGUAAUUGUACAGGUAUGAGCUGGCCAGCCAUUGUGCAGCAACCCUCUAUGCAGACACAGAAUGUCCUGAGCACACCAGGAACUGCAGACGCCAGUGCCCCACAUGACUUCUAG